AUGUGCCUAAUCUGCAACCGCAACAUCCGCCGCAACGACGGCUGGAAACCGCCCCCGCUGUCCGAAGACGACGAGGAGGACGGCCCUCGCCCAGGAUGCUACACCCUACCACCCCAGAAAACAGUCGUCCAGCCCGCGCCCAGCCACUCCGCCCACCCAACCUUCGCCGCUUACGAAGUCCCAGCAACAAACCCCGAGACAGAACCCUCCCUCCGUCCACUCCGUCCCGCCCUCGGCUGCGUCGUCUACGACACAACCCCCACCGCCCGGCCACCCCGCAGCGCACGCCUCGCGCGCGCCUUAUUCGACCGCACCGAGAUGUCCCGCCGCGGCGACAAGUCCCACGACGCGCCAGACCGGAUCGAAAUCGUCACCUUCCCCCUGCCAGAGACCGCCUCAAACCAAGAACGCGCAGAGGCUCGUAUGGCCAUGGCCGACAAGACCGAGUUGGUCUCGUGGUUCCUGCCUGAGCGCUUUAUGGAUAGCUAUUACUCACGAAUGAUCCUGGCGAUCAAGAGGUUCGAGGUGGACGACGAUGACGACGUUGAGAUCGCGUGUUGGGAGCCGGCGCUAACUCGGGAUCGUUUCGCCAUGCCGAUGAGAAGGACCGAUGAGGGCCGCUAUGGCAGCUAUCUCCUCAUCAAAUGGUUGCCCCAAAAGGAGCUAUUUGCUGAAGUCGACAACCCGGGUUAUACCGCUCAAAAACGUGUUGUCUGCAGUGGUGAGAUUGCAUUCCAAAAUAUUGGUUCAGGCCUCAGGGACGCGACAAAUGAAGUUGCUGUGUUUUACAACCACUACGUCCAAGAUGGUUUACUCGACCAACACCUAGAAAAAGCAAGAACAAGUCGAUAG